UAGCCCUUUAGGAGACUGUAUGCUAUUGAGUUUACCAAUGCUGAUUCAGGAAGGGCGGGGAUUUAUUAUUAUUUAUUUUUUUUGCUGCACUAGGUUGAAAGGAACAAGAAACAGGGACUGAAAAGAGAAAGAGAAAGGAGUUAUUUCUAUACUUAACGAAUUUGUAAUUUGUGUUCUGAUGAGGUUAGCCGGAGAAGAGCAUUAGGUAUUUAUUAAGUGCACUGGGGCAAGAUGUCAAGUCAACGCGGUAACGACGAGUUGGCUGGUAGUUAUGGGGUGGUGGACUUCCCGAAAGAUUUCGGGUACGGGGUGGAGGAAGAGGCCGACGUGGAAGAUCACUCGUCCCCGUCAGAUAGUAAGCCUCGCAUCUUAUUGAUGGGACUCAGGCGCAGUGGAAAGUCAUCUAUCCAGAAGGUCGUGUUUCACAAGAUGUCACCAAAUGAGACCCUUUUUUUGGAGAGUACCAACAAAAUAUAUAAAGAUGAUAUUUCAAAUAGUUCUUUUGUCAACUUCCAGAUCUGGGACUUUCCUGGUCAAGUGGACUUCUUUGAUCCAACCUUUGAUUAUGAGAUGAUCUUCAGGGGUACAGGAGCUUUGAUAUUUGUCAUUGAUGCACAGGAUGAUUACAUGGACGCUUUAGCAAAGCUUCAUGCAUCAGUAUCUAGGGCAUAUAAAGUCAAUCCAGAAAUCAAUUUUGAGGUGUUUAUUCACAAAGUAGAUGGGUUGUCAGAUGACCACAAAAUAGAAACCCAAAGAGACAUUCAUCAGAGAGCAAAUGAUGACCUUGUUGAUGCUGGCCUAGACAAGCUUCAUCUUAGCUUUUAUUUGACUAGUAUUUACGACCAUUCAAUAUUUGAAGCCUUUAGCAAAGUAGUACAGAAGCUCAUCCCACAGCUGCCAACCCUGGAAAACUUACUAAAUAUCUUUAUUUCAAAUUCAGGAAUUGAAAAAGCAUUCCUUUUUGAUGUUGUCAGCAAAAUCUACAUUGCAACUGACAGCUCCCCUGUCGACAUGCAGUCCUAUGAGCUUUGCUGUGAUAUGAUAGAUGUAGUAAUAGACGUUUCUUGUAUAUAUGGUUUGAAAGAAGAUGGAAGUGGAAGUGCAUAUGACAAAGAGUCCAUGGCAAUCAUAAAACUAAAUAACACAACAGUUCUCUACUUAAAAGAAGUAACAAAGUUUCUUGCCUUGGUCUGCAUUCUUAGGGAAGAAAGUUUUGAGCGAAAAGGUUUGAUAGACUACAAUUUCCACUGCUUUCGUAAAGCCAUUCAUGAGGUUUUUGAGGUGGGUGUGAUAUCCCAUAGAAGCAGCCAUCUAACAGUAAUGCCAAACAUGAACUCAGUGACUCAUAAUGGUACACCUAGAAAUGCAAUAUAGUAUAAUAGAGGGCCAGGCUCCUCAUUGCCAGACGUUUCUGUAAUCCAAAGCUGCAGACACAGUUUACAUAUCAAGACUAGCAGACUAAGUGAGGGUAUGGAAUUCUGCUGAACCCGCUGCUGCGUCUUGUGAAGAAGUCCAGCAGACCUGACACUGAACUAUCAAGAAGAGUCUGCAAAACCUGUGUCUUAAAAUUGAAAAGUUUUAACUGUUGCACUUUGUAUCAAGGAGUUUAAUACUGCUCCAAGAAAAUAAUUCUUGUAAGAAAAUGGUUUUACAAAGUCCUGCUUUGUUUCAACUAAGUGAAGCUGAAUCAAGUGAUAUAAUUCCAUUUAAUAUCCUGAGGCUUUGUGAGCAUCUCCCUGGAAUACUUAAAUGCAGAGAUCUGCAUUUGAUGUACAACAUUUCAUCUCUGAGUAUUUUGAAAGCCUUAAUUUGCCUUGCUUUAAAGUGUUUGAAUGAAAUGUUAAUGAAGACUCAUUGGGCUACUGUGUCUGAAUCCAGGAGGCUUUGUAUUCCAUACUUAAUUGACAUUCCAAACAUUUUUAUAUGUGUAAAUAGAGUUUAUAUAGUGACCACAAACAUGCACAUGCAUUUUGGGACCCAGAAACAUUCUGCACAGCAUGAAGACUGUACCAGGCCAGUUAAGAGUAGAAAGCUGUGGACCAGUCCAUUCUUGAAGUCUGCAUUGUGGCAGUGUUAAGACCAGCUUUUUCUGCUCAGUUGGUAAGCUAUACUUGAGCAGUUGACAGAUGCAGAGAUAAACCAUACCAAUAUAUAAUUGUGAAGUGCUGUUGGAGUAGAAAAAAUCAUUGACAGAAAUGUUUCCAUUGAAAAUGAGAUAUCUUUAUGGCUGCUUCUGUUCCUUACCAGAUUCAUUUGUUUGUUGGUCUUCAGAAAACUUACGGCUGCACUGAGUUUACCAAGCUAAAUUUUUUUUCUUUCUCAGCUUAAUGUGUUUUAAAUGUACUUUCACCAUGACGUCAAACUGCAGAGCAUACCGGGGUUCCUCAGGACUGUGUCACUGUCUCAAGUUUCUGUCCUUUAUGGGAAUUAACCCAUGUGGCACUUGUUUUACAGUUUUUAUAUAUAAUUUGCUAUGCAUAAAAACUGAAAAACUUUUGCCAUCUGCAAGCAUACAAUUGAUGUAUAAGCAGUGAUUUUAUUUCUUUUGAAGUGUUUUCUUACCAAAACUGGGAAGAGGCUGAUGUUUGCAAUGAGAAGGAAAGUUUGUGGUUCUGACUCUUAGCCCGUAACUUUUCAUUAUUGUGAUUUAUUUCAGAUAAGGAAACCACUGCUCUCUGUGCCCUUUGGCCAGUGGUUGUUUGACUUGCAGGAUUUUUUUUGUUGUAUUAAGUGCCACUGUAUAUUCCUGUAUAUAAACUCUGUAUACUUGAACAGUGCAAUUGACUCAGAGUGCUUUUUUGCAAAUGACUUGUGACUCUACUGUGGUUAUCAUUCAGUAUUCCUUAAACUAUAACAGCCAACAAGCUUUUAUAUUUAUAGCUGUUUCUGAACUGUUGGAUGGAAGUGAAGAGCCAAUAAAUCGGUUAUUGAUAAAUA